AUGCUACACAGUACACCGGGGGAUAGUUUUCAAAAACUAUCGUCAUACUGUCACGUCCUAAGAGAGAGCAACCCGGGGACAGUAACCUACAUUGAAGUUGAUUCGCGUACCAGGUUUCAUUACUUCUUCCUGGCUUUCGGUGCAAGCAUUCGUGGUUACAUACACUACUUGAGGCCCGUUAUUUGUGUUGACGGUACUCACUUGAAAGGUCCAUACAAGGGUAUACUUCUGCUGGCAACCGGCCAAGAUGCUAACAAACAUAUUUAUCCCCUAUUAUGGGGGAUCGUUGAUGCCGAAACAAAUAGAUCGUGGAUGUGGUUUAUGUCGAACUUGAAAGAGCUUAUAGGAGACUCGGCUGAAUUAGUUUUUGUUUCCGAUAGGAAAAAUAGUAUUUCUAAUUCCAUUGCUCACGUAUUUCCUUUGUCUCAGCAUGGGUAUUGUAUUUGGCAUCUGAAGAAGAACUUAAUCCAGCGGUACAAUAACGCAAGUGCAAUAUUUCUAUUCAAACGAGCUGCAAGAACUUCUCGGGUCGAAGAGUUUGAAAGACUUUUGGGACAGAUCUGUAGGGUAAGUGAACGAGCGCAUGGGUGCUUGGAGCGAGCUGGUUUUUCAUUUUGGUCACGAGCACUAUUCUUUGGGCAACGUUACAACAUAUUGACAAACAACAACGCGGAAUCUUUAAACUCAAUGUUGAGACAUGCAUGUUCAUUGCCGAUCACAUGCUUGGUCAAACACAUUCGGCAAACUGUGCAGAAGUGGUUCUACGAACGUCAAACAAAUACAACCGCAUGUAGUGCCGUGUUGUCAACGAGGAUGGAAAGCCAGUUACGGACAACGUUCGAAGCAGGUGCAAGGCUUCGAGCUCAAAGCCUGACAGAGAACUUAACACAAGUUGGACUAUCCAAUGACACGGACAUCGUGGACUUCUCCGAUAACACGUACACUUGUUAUGAGUUUCAGCUUAAUCGUAUGCCAUGCAUUCAUGUAAGUCGCACUUCCUGCUUGCGAGGUAAGUCAUUGUACGAUUUAUGCUCACCGUAUUACAAAUCGGAUUACUAG